AUGCUACAAAAUGGAAACGAAAAGCAGGAACCGCUGCAAGCGCCAAGGGCUGAGGCAGAGCCGGACUCACCGGCUGAGGACCCGAAGCAGGAGGAACCCGCUCCCGCCGCCGCCGCAGCUGCUGGCGGACAGGACGCGGACGGCGGGUCCACACACUUCCCCUUACCCGUUUAUCCCAAACUGGAGAUAAAGCGCAACGCAGUGACUGACGAUUAUAAGAUCUCCAGUCAGGUUCUGGGCUUAGGGAUCAAUGGCAAAGUCCUUCAGUGCUUCAGCAAGAAGACUGGAGAGAAGUGCGCACUGAAGGUUCUCUACGACAGUCCCAAAGCCAGACGAGAGGUGGAGCUCCACUGGCGAGUAUCAGGAGGGCCGUAUAUUGUUCCCAUCCUCAGCCUGUAUGAGAACAUGCAUCAUGGGAAGAAGUGCCUGCUCAUCAUCAUGGAGUGUAUGGAGGGAGGAGAGCUGUUCAGCCGAAUCCAGGCCAGAGGUGACCAGGCCUUUACUGAGAAAGAGGCUUCUGAGAUCAUGAGAGACAUCGGCACGGCUAUUGACUUUCUCCACAACAUUAACAUUGCGCACAGAGACAUCAAGCCAGAGAACCUGCUGUACACUAGUAAAGAAAAAAACGGAAUCCUCAAAUUAACAGACUUUGGCUUUGCUAAGGAGACAACGCUACACAACCCUCUACAGACCCCCUGUUAUACACCGUAUUAUGUGGCUCCUGAGGUUUUGGGUCCAGAGAAGUACGACAAGUCAUGUGACAUGUGGUCUCUGGGAGUCAUCAUGUACAUCCUAUUGUGUGGCUUCCCUCCAUUUUACUCCAACACGGGCCAGGCCAUUUCUCCGGGGAUGAAGAGGAGGAUCAGGAUGGGCCAGUAUGAAUUCCCCAACCCAGAGUGGGCUGAGGUGUCACAGGAAGCAAAAGAUUUGAUCCAUAAGCUACUGAAGACAGACCCAAACGAGAGAAUGACCAUCACUCAGUUUAUGAACCACCCCUGGAUUAAUCAGUCCAUGAUGGUUCCCUCCACUCCGCUGCACACCACCCGGGUCCUGACUGAAGACAGAGAGAUGUGGGAGGAUGUGAAGGAAGAGAUGACCAGCGCUUUAGCCACCAUGCGUGUGGACUACGACCAGGUGAAGAUCAAAGAUCUCGAUACGUCCAGCAACCCGCUACUCAACAAGAGACGCAAGAAGGCCGCUGCCGGGGCCAAGAGUGGGUCCACGGUCUGCCAAAGUCAGUGAGACACAGAGGACUGUUGGUGGAGAUGUGCUGGAGAAGAUCAUGUAGAGACCUGCUCAGGACUCUGGAGAAACUGGGUGUUGAGCAAAUGUUCCUUGAAAUAAAAGGGACAACAAAGGAACAAACAUCAAAGUCAGAGAUGGACGUUUAUAAGACGUAUCUGUUUUUAAUUACUUUUAUGUAUGUAUGUAAUUUUUAGAUCUUGCCUGUUUGUCUGAGUGUCUGUGUGCAGACAUGAAGUAUUUUUAGUGGUCUUGUUUUGUGGAUUUGAAUGCUGGGUCGUCUAUAUGAAGUCUCCUCUGUAACUAUGCACUAGUGUGCAACUCACACACAAAGACAGACAAAGCAACUGUAGACAGACUGUGAACACAUUAUUACCUGCGUUGUCUUAAUAUUGCCUGUCUUUUGCUGCCUUCCAUUCUGGAAUUAAAGCAAAGUCUGACACUGA